CAUCGGUUGUGUCCCGUGUUGUCACCCCCAACAGGGAAGUGCCAAAACAAGGAUUUUGAUGGCAGGAUCACCAACUAUUAUUUUAAUGAGAGAUUAUAUGAGAUUUAUUUUGAUUGGUUUUAUAUCUCCUUGACCAGGGGCGGACUGACCAUUUAGGCACUCGGGCACUGCCUGAGGGCCCAGGGUCAGUAGGGGGUCCCAUGAGAUGCCCCUGGUACCUUUCAUAGGCUUUUUUUGGGUGUGGUUUGAGUGUGGGCAAGGACACAGGGGCCCCAUGAUUUCCUAUUGCCCGGGGGUCCCAUGAGUUGUCAGUCCGCCCCUAGGAGUUAUUUUAUUCUUCUGUAGCAUC